CCGCCCCCGCCGCGCCCGUCGUCACCGCGGAGGGUUCAGCUCCUCGCCUUCCCCGCUCCCAGCCACCCGGGGCUUGGCUCGCCCAGUCCGGUGGCUCCAGUCCGGAUCUCGCUGCUGCCCGACCCGGGUACGAGUCCCAGCCGCUCCGGAGGAGGCGGCGGCUGGCCCCGGCUCCCCUCGGCCGCCUAGCCAGCCCAGGGUUGGCGGGGAGGGAGCAGCUGGGCAGCCCCCGGAGCCCCUUGGAGGACAAUGCACCCAGCGCUCGGCAACCCCCGCUCGGUCUCGUCCUCGUCCGGCUCCUUCCCGCCGCCCCCCGCCGCCGCCCGGCUGCAGCCCCUUUUCCUCCGGGGGGGUUCCUUCCGCGACCGGAGAGGCUCGGGCGACAGCAGCACCAGCACCAGCACCAGCCGGGGGGGAGGCGGCGGCAGACGCGGCGGGGGCGGCGGCGGCGGCGGCUCCCGCUCCCCCAGCAGCAGCACCGGCGCCGAGCGAGAGGACGACGACGAGAGCAUCAGCAUCAGCAAGCCGCUGGUGCCAGCCACCGCCGCCGGGCUCCCGGGACCCCCUGCUCAGGGGGGCGCCCCAGCCGCCGACCCCGCGCCCGCCGCCUUCUCCUCCUCGGCCGCCACCUCCUCCUCCACCUCCACGCCCACCUCCUCCUGCAGCAUGACAGCCGCGGACUUUGGCGGGGGCGCGGCGGCCGGGGCCGUCGGGGGCCCCGGGGGCCGCUCGGCUGGGGGCGCGGGCGGCACCGGGACAGGCAGCGGCACCUCCUGCUGCUCGUGUUGCUGCUGCUGCGGUCGCCCGACCCGGUCGAGCCGUAGGAGUCGACGCCGCGGCUGCGCCCCCAGCCCGGGGUGCCGCUGGGGCUACCAGGCGCUGUCCGUGGUGCUGCUGCUGGCGCAGGGCGGUCUGCUGGACCUGUACCUCAUCGCCGUCACCGACCUGUAUUGGUGCUCCUGGAUCGCCACUGACCUGGUGGUGGUGGUGGGCUGGGCCAUUUUCUUCGCCAAGAACAGCCGGGGCCGUCGGGGCGGCAUGGCGAGCGGCGCGCACAACCACCACCAGCACCACCACCACGCCGCGCCGCCCCUGCACCUGCCCGCCUCCUCCGCAGCCUCCGCCGGGGCUGCGGCAGGGGCCAAGGCGCGCGGCGGCCGCGGGGGCGCCGGUGGCCCGGGGGGCGGCCCGGGGGCUGUCGGGUCAGCGGGCGAGUUCGCCUUUGCCUACCUGGCCUGGCUCAUCUACUCCAUCGCCUUCACGCCCAAGGUGGUGCUCAUCCUGGGCACGUCCAUCCUGGACCUCAUAGAGCUGCGCGCGCCCUUCGGCACCACGGGCUUCCGCAUCACCAUGGCGCUGUCCGUGCCCUUGCUCUACAGCCUGGUGCGGGCCAUCAGCGAGGCUGGCGCCCCCCCUGGCUCGGCGGGACCCCUACUCUUGCAGCCCCAGCAGCACCGAGCCGCCGGCUGCUUCCUGGGCACGUGUCUGGACCUGCUCGACAGCUUCACCUUGGUGGAGCUGAUGCUGGAAGGCCGCGUGCCGCUACCCGCGCACCUGCGCUACCUGCUCAUCGCCGUCUACUUCCUCACCCUCUCCUCGCCGGUGCUCUGGCUUUACGAGCUCAACGCCGCAGCGGCAGCUUCGUCCUGGGGCCAGGCUUCAGGGCCGGGCAGCUGUAGCCGCCUUCUGCGACUGCUGGGUGGCUGCCUGGUGGACGUGCCCUUGUUGGCGCUGCGCUGCCUCCUGGUGGUGAGCUACCAGCAGCCCCUCUCCAUCUUCAUGCUCAAGAACCUCUUCUUCCUAGGCUGCCGCGGCCUGGAAGCCCUAGAGGGCUGUUGGGACCGGGGGAGUCGGGCCUCCCCCAGUCGGGGGAGAGGGGGCUAUGGCGCUCCGCCCUCUGCCCCACCGCCGCCGCCGCCACCACCACCACCACCACCUCAGGGAGUCUCUCAGCUGGGCCACUGCAUCUCGGAGAAUGAGGGAGGAGCCCAUGGCUAUGUCAAUACCCUGGCAGUGGCCUCCCAGAAUUGAGGAGGGAUAAAGGAGAGGGGCUUACUUUGGGCUUGAGAGACCCCAGCCCCUUAUCCUCUGACCUUCUCUCACCCAGAUUUGAUCAGGCUCCAUUUGGAAAAGGUAACUGUCAAUAGGGCUAAGGGCCAGUGUGUCCUUCUGCACCCUGUGAGUCAAGACUGCUUGGAGGGAGACCAGCCGCUAAUGAUGAAGGAGGAAGGUCCACUUACUCGAUUCUCCCUUUUCCGUAUCCUACUCUAAUCUAGCCUCCAGGGGGCUGGAUACCUCUGCUUCUUGCUUUUCCCACUGCCAUCCUAAUUCCUGUCCAUUGUGGGGGAGCAUGGAGUAAAGGUGGUGCCCAGGCAGGGGGUGCUGGGCCUUAAGCCUUCCCUCUUGCUUGGAAGUGCCAGCUUCUUAUAGGCUGUGGUUAGUGGUCACUGUCCCAUGCCUUGAAACUGACCCGGAAUCCACUGUUCCCCUGAUGUGUCUAUUGGAUUUUUUCCCCCCAGAUAGUAGAUGCAAAGUCUGUGUUUGUCUCUGUGUGUAUAGUGUUGUUUUCUUGUGUCCACACUGUGACCCCUUGCAAUCAGUAGAUCUGGGAGGCCCUGCCCUCCCCACCACACAUAUGACCACUCUCCUCAUUGCUACCUGAAUUUGUGGCCCUGAAUUCCCAGAAAGAGCUGGGCUCCUGGGAGUUGCCCAGUUGCUCUCCUCCGAGGGAGAAGCUCACCCAGGACCUUCCUCAAUUCUACUCCUCUCUUCUCAGCUUGGGGAGGAGAGGGUCCCUACUUUAAGGACCAAACCACACCCUUUCUUGGGUGAGUGAGCAUUUCUACCUCCGUGCUUUCAACUUUUGUAGCAUCAUGUGCUGAUGCUGCUUGCAAAAAAUAAAGGCAAAAUACUCAGAAGUUGCAUUCAACAUGGCCACUGGAUCCAGCUGGGGUUUGGUGCCAGUCUUAUUACAGGGUCUGUGGAGUAUCAGCCAUUGGCUUGCUCUCCCUGUCUCCUUCCCUUUGCACCUGGAACUCUUAUCCUUCCUGAGGUUUGUUGCUGACUGGGUCAGAUCUUGGCUCAGAACAAAAGCUUUGGUGGGGUUCCUGGAUAGAUGUGAAGUUGGGGCUCCCAUCGGCUCAAGGAAAUCCAAUUCCCCAUCUGUCCUUCCUCUAGGAAGCCUGGUGUGUAUCAGAAAAUGUGGUGAUGACCUUCAUCCUCGGCUCUGGUUAAGAGAAUUUCUACGGAGAAGGCAGGCUGCAUAGAGAGGCUGGGCAAAUCUUACCUCCGCCCUGCCUUCCUCCCUAGUAUUCUCGCUGAGGUUGAUGAUGAGGGACACCCAGGGGUUGCCCACUUAUAUUCUCUACGUGGGACCUCACUCUUGGAAUCUUUGAGGCAGGAUAAGUGUUUUUAGGGGAGGUAAGAGUGCAGGAGGGCAGCUGGCAGCAAGGCCAGGAAAUACUCAUUUUCUUCCACCCCAUAAUAAGAUGGGGUGGUGCUAUAAGAAUUUUUGUUUUCCCCUCCCCAACUUCUUAUGCUUGAGAAGUCUUGUGUGGUUUAAUGAACCCUGGACAAAAGACUAGAAGUCACGGACUGUAGUUUUGACUCUGUCACUCACUAGCUUUGAGUGACAUGUCACUUGCUUUCUGAGCCUCAGUUUUUCACUUGGGGCCCUUCUCUCUCAACUUCUUGGAAGUUUGUUGACAGAAAACAUCUGUCCAUGUAGACAGAGACAGAGAGGCUGAUGGCUUGAGCAGAGUUCUGAGCCUCCCCUACUGUCACAGUGGGGGACGAUGGAGGAAAAAUGUUUACACUCAAUGUAUUAUCUGUGUUCCCAGCCCCUCACCCUACCAGGUCCAAUAUUAGCUAGUUGGAUUUUACAACGAAUCUUUUUUUUUCUGCCUUCUCCCCCUCCCCCCUCUUACCCCAAUCCUCUCCCUUUAAAUUCCCUGUGCUUGAAGUUCUGGGCUCAGACCUUGGGUGGGCCCCCAUGGCUGCUCCCUGGGUCCCCAUAUCCUCUCUCCAGCUUUGCUCUCUCUGCUACCUAAUCUCAGUGACUGUGAAAGGGCUCUGUGUCUGAGCCAUGGCCAGCCCCUGGCUGGCCCCUGCCCCACCCCUCUCUCCUGUUUGGAUGGUGGUCUCCUGCUGAAUGACUGUAAAAUCUGAGUGCUGUUGAGUUUUCUGUGGGAGGCUGUGAUAGGUUCCAAUGAGCUACCACUUCCCGAGAUAUGACAAGAGAUUUAUGGCACCUGGGCCAAUUCUGGCAGAGGCCAGGCCUGCUCAGGCUCUGUCUGCUGCCCUCCCCCCCCCCCCCACUCACCCCUGGACAUUCUCUUUCAAACAUCUGGUGCAAGCACUUUGUGCUCAGGGGUCAACCCCUUCCUUCUGGUGUUUCUUUCUUGAGUCCUUUUACUUUCUUUCCUUGCCCCACGCUCAACAAGAAAAAACCCCUAAAGUUUCAUUUUUCUUGCUUUCUAGGGGCAUCUUUAGUGGGGGGUCAAACUGGAGAUGUUUCCCGUGGGUCUAAAUAAAGAUAAGGUGCACUGUCUCCUGAGGCUUGUGCUGGCAGUAUAGUUCACAGAAAAGUACUCUGGGUUCAGAAUUCAGACUGUCUGCCUCUAACAUUUGUGCAAAUAAGGCAUGCUCUUGAUCUGAGCCUCUGACUCCGUAUCUGUUUUAAAAGGGGGUUGGACUAGACCCUCUGUAAAGGCUGUUCUGCUAUAAUGUGCCCUGGUUCUGGUUCUAUGUGUCUUUGUGGAGGAGAGCUGGCUGGUAGAGCCUGGAAGAAGGGAAGCGGCAGCUCACUAGCAUUUAUCACGUUUUUUCCCCCUUUCUCUUUUUAAAAAUAAAACCAGCUUCUGUUCUGAAAAUAAAAAAAAAAAAAAAAGCCUUGAGACUU